AUGUCUCUGAUGAAUCCAGUAGAAGAAUCCCCGACACAGCGAUAUCAUGAAGAAGCACAGAUUGGAAGAACAGAUGUCACGGAUAAUAAUCAAGACACCCCAGAUGACUCGUGCUGUGACGGGUCCGAUGAUCAAUCUUAUCCAGACGGAGGUUUCCAGGCAUGGUUGGUCGUCUUCGGAGCAUGGUGCGCCAUGUUUUCUUCCAUGGGUCUUCUGAACACGCUGGCUGUGCUACACGCUUGGGUGACUGAGAAUCAACUGCAUGGAAUGGCAGAAUCAACGACGGCAUGGAUUUUUAGUUGUUAUGGAUUCCUGCUUUACUUUUGCGGAGCACAAAUUGGCCCACUAUUUGACGCCUAUGAUAUUAAAGUCCUCAUUAUUCCCGCCAGUGCUUUAUUCUUUCGUCCUAAUUCAUCUCCUUAUCCAGAGUUUUAUCAAUUUCUACUAUCUCUCGGUAUACUUGGUGGCAUAUCUGCUUCACUUCUCUUCUAUCCAGCCGUUUCGACUAUUAGCCACUGGUUUUUACGCAAACGCUCUCUGGCGACGGGUAUCUGCUUUCCUCUGAUUAUCCUCUACGCAGCUCCUUCAAUCGGCUUUCCAUGGGCCAUUAGGAUUGUCUCACUUAUUUGCGUUGUCAGUUCUAUGAUAGCCUGUUGCCUAUUGAGAAAAAGACUUCCUCCCAACAAAGAAGGUGGGGGCGCCAUUGACCUGAAGGCUUUCAGGGACCCCAAGUAUGCUGUUAUAACUAUUGCCAUUCUCAUUACCGAGUUCUCAUUGUUCAUACCAUAUACAUACAUCUCCUCAUAUGGUAUUUCCAAGGGGAUGUCUUUACGGUCAGCUCUCAUGUUGAACGUUCUCCUCAGCGUCGGAGCGAUCCCAGGAAGAGCUCUGCCGGGUUACUUUGCCGAUCGCUAUGGUGUUUUGAAUGUCAUGGUUGUGACUACUUCUGCUUGCCGUGUAUUGAUUCUUGGCUUGUGGCUACCUAUCCGGAGCGAGAACGAAGCAGCUAUUAAUGCAUUCACGACUCUAUUUGGUUUCUGGUCAGGAGCCGCGAUUGCUUUGGCGCCUGUUUGUAUUGGCCAAGUGUGUGAGGCAAAGGAUUAUGGCAAAAGAACAGGCACGUCAUUCUUCAUCUCUAGCUUUGGUGCCUUGAUCGGUAUCCCAAUUGCUGGCGUGAUUCUUGAAUCUGGGGACAGUAACUACCAAGGACUUAUUGUCCUUGUCGGGGUUACUUUCGUUAUCACGACUGGUACAUUUUAUUGGGCGAAAAAGCUAUUGUGCGCGUAG